GGACGCCGACAUAGUGUGACGUAGGACCGGAAACACCGUACAUUCAGGAACGCUGCUCACUCUACCGGCGUCUGUAGCGGCUCACGCGUGCUAAUGAGUUGUUUUCCUUCCAGCAGCGGCACCGGACGAACAUAUUAACGUUUCUCCAAGUUAUUCGUACCCGAAAAUGUUGUGUUUAAGCGGGUUGUCGGUGGCUCUCGCGCUCUCGCUCGUGCCCGGUCCCGCUGAAGCGCUGAAAGACGGAGAGUGUGAAGUGUGCGUCUCCUUCCUGGGGAAGUUCUACGAGUCGCUGAAGGACAACGACGUGAAGUUCAACCGCGCCGCCAUCGAGGACGCCAUCGUGAAGAGCUGCAAGGAGGCCAAGGGCAAAGACAACCGCUUCGUGAGUGGACCGCACAGAAGUGCUGGGAAAUUAAUGUUAAUGUCGCUGUUACUGGGCAAUAAGUCGCCUAGGGGUUUAUAAUGGUAUCAUAUAGUUAACUACUGGGGGGUGGGCAUCA